UCCGCCUCCUCCCCUGCCGCCUCCUCCUCCUCCUCCUCCUCCUCCCUCGAGCAGCAUGAAGAGAGCUCUCGGGCCCCUCGCCAUCGUCGCCUACCUCCUCACCCUCCCGCUGCUCGCCUUCGGCAUCUGGCUCGUCAGCACCCACGACUACGACUGCGAGGACCUCCUGCGUGCGCCCAACGUGCGCGUCGCCGUCGGCGUCGGCCUUCUGCUCAUCCUGCUCAUCAGCAACUUCGUGGUGUACUAUGGCGCCAAGGUGCUGAUGCCCGGCCACAUGGUGCUCUCGGUGGUGCUCGUCAUGAUGCUCACCGCGGGGCUGUCCCUCGUCGGCUUGUACAAGAUGGAGGCCCGAGGCCUGCCCGAGACGCCGCUGUGGCUCCGCAACCGACUUCUCGACGUUGACACCUGGAACGACGUCAAGACCUGCCUCUACGACGACAUGAUCUGCCAAGACCUGACAUAUCGAACCAUCCAAAUGACUUCGAACGAUUUCAACAUGAUGAAAUUAUCCACCAUCGAGUCGGGAUGCUGCAAGCCAUCGGCUGUGUGCGGAAUGGAGUACGUGAACGCCACCAACUGGAGAGUGGGAAGGAACCGCACGAGGGAGAGCACACCACUGACAAAUCCAACCGCAUCAUUUGCCUCCUUCAAUGACUGCCGUGCUUGGAACAAUCAACCCAACGUGCUUUGCUACGACUGCCAAUCAUGCAAGGUUGCGUUCUUGAAGGUGAUCACCUCCAGGUGGAGGAAAGUUGGUGCGUUUCUCAUCGUCAUGUCCAUGCUAUUUCUUGUCGUCCAUGUCAUGCGCUUCAUCGUCUUGCUGUUGGAGAGGUACAAAUCUUAGACGCUGUGAUCGUAGUAGGUGUUGGAGGCUCUUUCGCUUGCUUCCCCACUUCCAUGAAACUUGUGCUGGUUAGUCUUAGGUGUUGUCUCUUAGUUUGC